AUGAUUGAGUUUGGGAAACCUAGUAGCAACAUAUGGAAGUUUCCUUCGGGACAAACUCCAUUGGCACCAUCACCAUUCAAGAGUGAUUGGCUUUCCAAUCUUUAUCAAACCUCCAUGAAAAUCACCACUCCGAUAACCAUUGCUUUGGUUUACUUCACUUCGGUCCACUAUGCCAAUGGAAUAGUACGUCGGCGCCAGGCAACUAAGGCUAACAAGAACAUCGAAUCGCUAUCUCCAGCAGAACUCAAAAAACUCCCUCCAGCACCAUAUUCCAUUGCCCGUCUGGGAUUGUUCAAGUUAUUUGUGUUGGCUCACAAUGUGUUCUUGUGCUUGUACUCGGCUUGGACACUUGUAGGAAUGUCAUCUGCUAUUUCCCAAACGGUGGAGAUCAUUCUGAAUGUUUCCAAUACCUCUAGUGUGGUGGACAAUUUCUUCCACUCUGUAUGUGAUUUGCAGAAUGGAGUCUUUAGCUCGAAACUUCCCUUCCGUAACUUGGAAAUCUUUGGUUACUGGUUCUACAUGUCCAAAUUUUACGAGGUCAUCGACACCAUCAUCAUCUUGUUAAAAGGUAGGCCGUCAUCGUUGCUUCAAAGUUAUCACCAUUCUGGUGCCAUGAUGUGUAUGUGGGCUGGUAUCAGGUACCAAAGCCCUCCAAUCUGGAUCUUUGUUGUGUUCAAUUCGUUCAUCCACACCCUUAUGUAUUUUUACUUCUCCCUCAGCUGUCUUCGUAUCCGGGUCCCGGUACUUUUCAAGAGGACAUUGACUUCAUUGCAAAUUACCCAAUUUCUUGUUGGUGGGUCUUUGGCAGUUGUACACGCUUUUAUCUGGUAUACCGACUUAUCCAGCGGUGAGCUUACCAGUUGUAUUGGUACUACCGAUCAAGCUCUUCUGUUGUUCAUUAACGUUGGAUACUUGACUCCAUUAACGGCGUUAUUUGCAGCCUUUUACAUUGAUAGCUAUAUUCGCCCCAAAAAGGCCAAGAACCAAAAAAGCUAG